GGCGAAUCUGUUACCUGCACAUCUACGUCAGAAAGUAAACACCACACACGCACGCGUACUGAAACACGAAAAAGACGAUAACCCCUCCUUGCUAGUUGCUAGUAGUUAAGUAAAAUGUAACACCGCCGUUUAAGUGUUAUGCAAACAGAUUUGUAAAGUUGGCAGGUCAGAAGAGCCAAUCGACACCUGUAGAUCUUGGAAAAUGAAUACCAAUGGCAAUAUUUAUGCAAGUCGCAAGAGGAAAAAGCCACAGAAAAGUGUUAAGCCAGCUCCUGAAGGCGCUACAACUAAUCCCUCUAAAAGACACCGGGAUCGUUUAAAUAGGGAGUUGGAGCGAAUUGCCAACCUGCUACCUUUCCCUCGAGAUGUCAUAUCCAAACUAGAUAAACUGACUGUCCUAAGGCUCUGUGUCAGCUACCUGCGUGCAAAGAGUUUCUUUAAUGCGACCCUAAAAUCCACCACCAAAGAGGGUAAUAGCCUGAAAAAGGUUGGACCAGAACUUACCGAAGGAGAGCUUCUAUUGCAGGUGCUGAAUGGGUUCAUACUGGUCGUGACUGCGGGCGGAACCGUGUUCUACGCGUCCUCAAACAUUCAGGAUUACCUCGGCUUCAACCAGUCAGAUGUCAUCCACCAGAGUGCUUACGACCUCAUCCACACUGAAGACAGGGGUGACUUUCAGAGACAGCUUCACUGGGCCCUGAACCCUACCGCCCCUCUAGACACUGGGCAGCUAGUGACAGCCUCUGACGAGUCGGCGCGUCCGCUGACGUGCUACGACCCAGACGCCCUUCCACCCGAGAACUCGGCCUUCCUGGAGCGCAGCUUCGUCUGCAGGUUACGCUGUCUGCUGGACGACUCCUCGGGAUUCAUUGCCCUCAACCUUCAGGGACAUCUGAAGUUCCUGCACGGUCAGAAUGAGAGGGCAAAGGACGGCACCCCCGUUCCCCCCCAACUGGCCCUGUUUGCCCUGGCCACCCCCCUGCAGCCACCCUCCAUCCUCGAAAUCCGAACCAAAAACCUGAUCUUCAGAUCCAAACACAAGCUGGACUUCACCCCCACCGACUGUGAUGCCAGAGGCAAGAUGGCGCUGGGCUACACCGAGGCGGAGCUGUGUGAACGCGGCUCGGGGUACCAGUUCAUCCACGCGGCAGACAUGCUGCACUGCGCCGAGAACCACAUGCGACUGAUGAAGACAGGGGAGAGUGGACUGACUGUGUUCAGGUUGCUGACCAAGAACAGUGGCUGGAUGUGGGUUCAGGCCAACGCCCGGCUGGUCUACAAGAAUGGCCAGCCAGACUGCAUCAUCGCUUCCCAGAUAGUCCUCACGGAAGAGGAGGGGAAGGAGGACCUCCGAAAACGGACCCUGGAACGUCCCUUCUGUUUCACCACGGGCGAGGCCGUGCUCUACGACACCGCCUUCCCCAAGACCCUCGAGGACAGUUUCCCGGGGGACUCCGGCGCUCCGCCGAGCGACAACCUCGACAGCCCGCCCCCCAAACCCCUCGACCCCGACUCUCUGCUGGGCUCUCUGUUGAAGCAGGACGAGUCCAUCUACGUGUGCGUCGCCACGGACAACCAGCCUGCGCCUGCUCCUUCUCCUCAGGAGGAACCCGCAGCCCUGCCCGAGGAGGGAAGCGGGGGCAUCUUCUCCAGCAGGUGGCAGGAGAGUGUCCUCUCCCUGCCUGAGAUGGCUCUGUUCAAGCGGGAGCCCCAGGGCAUCCCGUCUGGGGACGGCAUGGACGGCGAGCUCUGGAGGUUCAUGAGAACCCUGGGCGUGGGCAGGGAGGACCUGGAGCUCUUCCAGCAGGACGACCUGUUCCUCGACGUGGACUUGGGAGGACGAGACGGUCGUCCGGACGCCACGGAUGAGAUCCUGACCUACGUGCAGCAGUCUCUGGGGAGGUCGGACUGCGUGUUGUCCUACAGCGCCAGGGGAGGGGAUCUGGACCCCAGCUUUGCAUGUCUGGAGCAGCAGAUCCCCAUGCAGCUGAACCAGCUGUCCGGGGAGCAACCAUCAGCCAAGCAUCCACAGCCCUCCCCAGACCCCCAAUGGAGGCCCCAAAAAUCCCAGCCCCUUAUGGUCCAUCAACCUCUGGACCAGUACCAACAGUACCAGGCACGGCCUCAGAAACUCAAAUCCCCCCUGAACACACCCCACCAAGGACUCCGUCUCCCACGGCCGCCCCUCAGCGGACGAGGGUCCGCCGAGGGUCUGAGCUCUCAGCCUAUCCCUUCGCAGCCGCUCGGUCACAGACUGAUGCACAUGCAGGUGAGCGAGGGCCACUCCCAAAGCCAACAGGCAGGAUCAGCCUCCCACAGCCUGGAGAUUCCUCCGCUGUUCCAGCCGGGCCUGCUGAGGCCCAGCCAACCCCACCACCAGCACCUCUGCCUGGGGGAACCCACCACGGGCCUCCCCCUCAACAAUCAACUGAACACGGUGUCAGUGAGCCGUCCUCCACAGCCGUCCACCUGGGUGGCCCCGGGCGUGGGGGACGUCUCUCCGCUGGACUUGGAGGAGCUGCUGAGCAGCCUGGACUCAGGGCAGCCUCUGGGGCAGGAUGGGGGAGAGGCAUGCUGGGGUUUGGAGGCCAGGAGCGUGUACCAGCUCCACCUGACUGACCCCCAUCUCUCCAGCCUGGGCCCGGCUGCGUACGGCCACCCUCAGGUGCUCGGUCUGGUCAGGGGCACAGAACAGCCCUUCCUCAUACAGAAUGGCAGCCGUGGGAUCCUCCAGGAGAGUCGCCCUGCAUCCCCAACAGAAGGAGACUGGACUGCCAGAGCAGCCAAAGCCCCAGGCCCCUGCUAACAGCUGGCCCUGCCCUGACCGCUCUCUGAGGGGAUUCAGAUGAGCCCGAGGCCCCGGAGCCACAUGUACAAAGACCAGAUGCUCCACCCCCAGGGCCCUGAGAAGAGGAGAGAGGCUGUGGAAACUGUCCCAAGGCCAGCUUAUCACGACCAGGCUGAGCCGGGGCUGAGCCCCACAGACUCACGGCUGCAAGCGGAGCCAAGACGAUCAGAGAGGCAGAAAGGCACUGGAUUUGAGGAAUGUAUCGUGCCAUCUCAUGAAAUGUGAUGUUAUGUUAGAUUAUAUGAAGGUGUUGAUUCAAUGAUGAACUACUGUCCCGGACAAUGAGAUGUAAAUACUAGACAAUGCACUACCUUCCCUUGGGGUAAUUAAGAUGAGAUGUCAAAUGUUCUUUACCUUCUUGUAGCAUUCUGACCAUAUAUGAUGAGGAAAGCCAAGUUUUGUAUGUCACCAAUAUUAAUUAUGCUUUGUAUGUCUUUUGAAGCACUUUAAUGCAUUGUAAUGUCGAUUUAAUCUACAGAAUGGAGGCUUAAACUAAAUUGGCCGCGUUAAGAAGGUUCGUUAAGAAGCUCUUAGCGCUAAGAGCUUCUUAACGAAUCUGGGCCAUUAUCAAUCCAAAUAUCUGAUCUGGUAUAGGAUAUUGCUACAUGCCAGUUUGAAAAACGAAUGAUCUUUGAUGUUUUAGAUUUUUGUACAAUAUUUGUAAGUUAUCCGUUUUCUCUGUUGUCUACUAAUGCUCAAUUUCCCAAGUGCAACAUUUUCAACAUCAUUAAGUCAGGUGGCUUAGCGGUUAGGGAAUCGGUUUAGUAAUCCCAAGGUUGCCAGUUCGAUUCCUGGCCAUGCCAAAUGAUGUGUCGUUGGGCAAGGCACUUCACCCUACUU